AACGCAGCGUGUCCGGCUGGUUCUCCGCUGAAGGGGGAUGGCCGUCCUGCGAGCUGGCAACCUGGCAACCCUCAGAGCUCCAGCAGCCCAGCACUGUAAACAAGCGGAGGACACCCAGCGGCUAGCUGAAGCUACACGACCCAACAUCCCUCUCUGUAUGCCAAACAGCCGCAGUUCAUUUGGAGCCCAGCCUUUAAUGUAAAUACUGACCCAUGGACCAGUGCGGUGUCUGCUCCACCCCAGAGUCACUUGUGGAAGUAGACCAUGAAUGACAAGCUAGUCUUCCUGGGCUUGCUGUACUUUGUCCAGGGCAUCCCCUAUGGCCUCCAGUCCUCUCUGCUCCCUGUAUACCUGCGUGGAGCCGGCCACUCGCUCACGCGCAUCGGUUUCACCAAGAUCCUCUACUUCCCAUGGGUGCUGAAGGUGCUCUGGGCCCCCUUGGUGGACCGGGUGGGCACCAAGCGCCGCUGGCUGGUGGGGACGGUGUCCGGGCUGGCGCUGACGUGCCUCUCCAGCGCCGCCCUGGCUCCAGAAGCGCACAUCUGGGGAGUGGCCGGGACUCUGCUCGCCAUGAACACCUUGGCCUCCGUUCAAGAUAUCGCCGUAGACGGGGCCGCCGUCGGGCUGCUGAAGGGACGCGGGGAGCUGGGGCUGGGCAACACGGCCCAGGUCGUGGGUUAUAAGGCCGGGUCGGUGUUUGCCGGCGGAGGGCUCCUGGCGGUGAUCGAUGUCGCCGGGUGGAGCUGGAUGUUCAUGCUGCUGACGUUUGUGUAUGCAGGCGUGGCCCUGUUCGUGUGGGGGGCCCCCGUGCUGGACGAUGAGAACGUAAAGCAGGCAGAUGGCGUUAGGAGGGGUGGGCAGGGGGCAGACGCCGCCAGGCCGUGGAGGGUGUGGAGAAAGCUGAUGGCGGUGCCUGGCACACCUUGGACAAUCCUGUAUGUGCUCACGUAUAAACUCGGGGAGCAGGGUGCCGUCACCAUGUUUCCUCUUUUCCUCCUGGAUCACCACAUGACGGCCAGAGAGCUCAGCUUCUGGAACGGUGUGGUCGCCAUGGGCUUCUCAAUCUGUGGGUCAUCUCUGGGAGGCCUGCUUCUCGCCCAGUUCAGCAUUGGGGCUAUGAUGCGACGGGUGUUUGUGCUGCGAACCGUCAGCAUGGUCUUCCAGAGUUCUCUGCUCACUGUGCUGGAACCAUCGCCUCUCAUGAAAGGAAUGGCGGUCCUGAGCAUGAGUGUUCAGCACUUCCUGGGUGGUCUCAUCACCACACUCACCUUCACUACCAUGAUGCAUUGCACUCAGAGGGCAGAGGAAAGCAUUCAGGCCACCCACUACAGUUUCCUGGCCACUCUGGAGGUUCUGGGGAAGCUGAUGUUCAGCGCUUUGGCGGGAGUAGUGGUGGACUGGUUUGGUUUCCAAGUGGCCUUUCUCUUCUUCCUCACCCUGUCUGCUGGAACAGCCCUGCACGUGUGGACGGCUACCUUCACCGGCGCUCUCAGGGAGAAUCAGCUCAAAGAACAGCCCAAAUGACAGCUGUCUUUAAAGUGGCCAUUUUUCACUGGAGUUUGACUAUGCUAGAGAAUAUUAAAGAAAGGAACUUUCUUGAAUCUUAAAUUAGGAUAUUAGGUUAUUUAAUAUAUCAACAGUCUUAAACAAAUAUUAGCCAUUCUUUAAAGGAAAAAGCUACUUUCCUUUAAGUACUCUGUGACUGAGUGCACUUUUGUUACAUCACUUCACAGUUUACAUUUCAUUUGUUUUGCUUUGAACAUGUCUCCAAUAGUCUUAAAAAGAUUAGUUAGGUGAUGAACCUUGCUCACAGAGUAUAGAUCCUGGUUAUGGCUGCAUAAAAGAAUCAGAUUAUAUAUGGAAGUAGUCGAGCUGGUAUUUAUCUCAACGAAAGAUGGUUUGUUGUGUUUGGUAGAGACAUAUUUGCUGAAAGUUUUGUAGUAGCUAAAAUCAAAGGGAAAUAUAAUCAAAGCGUAUUCUAUCAUCUGAGCCAACUUGAUUUUGUUAAGUGUCAGCAAUAAGAGCUGCAGCCAAAAGCAAUAGUGCUACUCGGGUUUUGUUUACUCUGUAUAAUCUCCUGUGUUUACAGUUGUCAACUCAUUAAUCUCUGCUACCUCAUAUCGCCACUGUAAGGUACAAUAUAGAUACACAGAGCACAUAGUAACUGCAUAAAAGUAGAGUAGACACGUAGACAUCCCAUAACACGUCGGUAAGAUAAAACGGUGAUUGUAAUUGUCGUCAGAAGGAGAGUAAAAGUGUAGUUUAGCUCCUGAAUAAAAGAGCUUUUGUUUCAUGUCAUAAACCAUAUAUUGCAAAGUUAACCCUUACAUUUUGUAAUCCUACAAGUGUCUGAAUAAAGCUUACACUUGUAGGAAACAUCUGCCUUACAGUCUGCAUGGUGCCAUCUUGUCUUAGUUUUUGACCAGACUCAAUAAAAAAGCCAACUUUCAGCAAAAGCGCUUGAAUGACCAGACACAAUUGGAAAUGAAAGUUCCAAAUCGCACUGUUUUACUUUUUUUGUUAUACUUUUUAAACAUGAUUAAUGCACAGUAAUAACGAAUAAUGGCUCCUCUUGCUAUUGUAUCACAUAGAAGCACUGAAUAAGAAAUAGAAAAAGGUUUGUCCCAGCAGGCCAUGUAAGAAUACAGCGAUAUUCGAGUAGAUUUUGCUAAAGGAAACAUUUGGCCAUUUGCUUUCUCUUACAUUGUAAGGAAAUGACAUGACAUACCUAAUAAUGUAGCCAUGCUUUGACUUGUGGAGCUUCAGAGGCAAAGGAGGUCUUUUGUCUCUCAGCUACUGUGUUGCCUGACAUUUGCACAAAAAUAAAGCUGCUGAGAACAUUU